AUGAAAGAUGGCGGAUGUACUUAGAUACGCUAUCACAUUUUGAAUUUCAUAAAUCAUAGUCAAAGUCAAUGAAACAAUAGGAACUUCAUUGGAUUUUCGGUAGCUUUGGCACUUGGGGGCUAAUCUACAGAAUCAAAAUGAAUCAUAGAAAUGCUAGAAAAAUACAGGAAGCUGUACCCUGUGGCAACCCAAAACGAUAUGAGACUAGGGAUGUUGUUCGAAUGCCACAGUCUAGAAAACAUAAGCUUGAUGAUGUUGAUAAUGCAGAGACUGAAAGUGAAAAACACUUGCAAACUUUGCUGCAACGACAGAUUAAAAAAGACAUCAGUAUUACUGAUCAAUUUUCACAGCACCGUAACUUUACACCAGCAACAUCCCAUGCUCCGGAAGUGGAGAAAUUGGUCGGGGUUCAUAAAUAUGAGGACUACAAGCACAUCAAUGAUAUGGACUCAAAGAUAGAGUACUUGCGACAGUGUAACCUGGAUGAUGAAGAAAUAGCCUUAAAAUUAAGAGAGGAAUUAAGUAAUAAGGAAAGUAUUCCUGUUGGUGGAUAUGGUGCUGAUCCUGAGUCCAGAUUACAGAAACUGAAAGAAAUUGAGAGAAAAAUACAAGAGAAAGAAAAACUGCUUCAAAUGCCUGAUAAAUUCCAUGGGGCGCUAGAAUUGAGCAGGCAGGCACAAGACUUGGAAAAACGUCUUGGAAAAGAAUCAAAACAUCCGAAUGUCAUCAUCACUCAAAGAAAGUUCAAAGAUUCUCACCCUGAUGACCCUAUAAACCAUAUUCAAAAAAUACUAAAACAAAUUGAGGAAAAAAAAGAAAGGGAAUCUAGAAGGGAGAGAAGAAAGAAGAGAAAGUUUGAGAGAAGGCAAAAGUUUUAUGCAAUGUUUAACGAACCAAAAAAAGAUGAAACUGAUUCUUCUGAAUCAGAUAAUAGAAAUACUGAGAGAACUACUGAGUCUCUUGACUUUGGACCCUCACUACCAAGUGAAACAUCUGAUGUUAUUAAUUUAGUGGGAGAAACAACUCAGAAUUCAGAAACAGUCCUUAAUAAUGAUAGUGACAGUGUGCAUGUGUUAAAUAAUGAAGUGCCACUUCCCUCAGUGGCUGGCAAUGUGACACAGACUUGCAAAGAAAUAAAAACACCAGUGACAUUUUUGACACAAGUUGAAAUAGAAAACAACAGACUAAGUCUAGAUGAAAUUAAAGCCCUGGAUAAAUUUCAAAAUUACUCCAGGGGUGAACCAAAUAGGGUUGUGUAUGUAAAAAAUUUGCCUAACAAGGUUAAAGAAGAAGAUUUGAUAGCCUUGUUUGGGCGUUUCCAAUCAGAAAACAAACCAAGAAUUAUCUUUAAGCUUUUGGCAGGAAAAAUGAAAGGACAAGCUUUUAUCACUUUCCCUGAUGAAGAGACAGCUGAGAAAGCCAUAGAGCUUGUUAAUGGCUACAAGCUUCAUGAGAAACCUGUGAUACUGACCUUUGGAAGGAAAAAAGUGUAGCCUAGAUUUGAAUGUAUGAACACUAUUUUUGAGUGCUGGAAUGAAGAUAUACAUGAUUUAUAUAAGCCAUAUUUUUUUUACAUUUUUAUUUUAUUUCACUCAGCGUUCACAUUUACUUAUCACCAAUUGAAGUAGAUGAAUUAAAAUUGUUAGAUGAGUACAUAACAUGCAUUUGAUGUUCAUGGGGGCAUUAGCCCACCAUUCUGGUGUAUGUAUUUCCAAUGUCAUUAUUUUCAUAUUGGCACAAUAAAAAAAUGUCAAAUACAUUUUGUAAAUAAAUGAAG